AUGGCUUCGUCGACCGUGACGUCCGAAUCACCUUCCACUACCCCAAUGGAGGAUGCGAUUCGUCAAAAGAUAACAACCCACCUAGCCCCCCGCACCCUCCAAAUCCACAACGACUCGCACCUGCAUGCCCACCACUCCGCCAUGCGCGGCGUCACGUCUCGCGAGACGCAUUUCCGAGUGGUAAUUUCGUCGGACGCCUUCAAGGGAAAAAUGCAGCCGGCGCGCCAUAGAUUGGUUUACGGGUUGCUCAAGGACGAGAUGGCGAAGGAGGGCGGGAUCCAUGCGUUGCAGCUGAGGACGAUGACGUUGGAAGAGGAGGAUAAGAGGAGGGAGAAGGAGGAGGAGGCGGAAGAGAGGGCGAGGACUUGCAAGGACUAG